CUUGGGCACACAUUCACUUAUAAACAACACAGUCACAACUACACUGUAAACAGGUCACAAGAAUGAGGAAACUUUACAGAUGCUGGUCAACGUGGGACGGUCUUUGAAAAGUGGCAGAAUUUUACAAACUACAAAUGUUUUCAAACCACCAUGGCCACUUCUAAAAUCGAAGACAGCCAGCCUUCCAAUGGCAGUGAAUACGACUGUCAGUUUCAAGAAGAUUUUAAAUAUAUUCUCCUUCCUGUCAGCUAUGCUCUGGUGUUUGUGAUAGGCCUGGCACUGAACGCAGCGGCAUUGUACGUAAUUGUGUUCCGCACAAAGCGCUGGAAGCCCUCCACCAUCUACAUGUUGAACCUGACCGUGUGCGACACACUCUACAUACUCACUCUACCCUUCCUCAUCUACUACUAUGCAGAUGAGAACGACUGGCCCUUCAGUGAGCCAUUCUGCAAAAUUAUACGCUUCCUGUUUUAUGCCAACUUAUACGGUUCCAUUCUGUUCCUGUGUUGUAUAAGCCUGCACCGGUUCAUGGGAAUCUGCUAUCCGGUCCGCUCCCUAAACUGGGUCAGCACUCGGCGGGCCAAGCUGGUGUCUGUUGCAGUGUGGACUUGUGUUUUGACCUGCCAGGCUCCUGUCCUUUACUUCUCAAGAACCAGGGACACGGCCACAGAGAGGAUCUGCUAUGACACCACCAGCCCAGACCUCUUUGACGACUUCCUCGUGUACAGCUCAAUCGUGUCGGUGCUGAUGUUUGCUCUGCCCUUCAUGGUGGUGAUGGUGUGCUACGGCCUCAUGGUGCGGAAGCUUCUGGAGCCUUGCUGGGGCUCUGAAGGAAGAUCUGGGGGCCAAAGAGGAGGACGGGCAACCCAACGCUACAAACAGAAAUCAGUGCAGAUGAUAAUUAUUGUGCUGGCAGCGUUCAUGCUAUGCUUCCUCCCUUUCCACCUCACCAGAAGUCUUUACUACUCCUUCAGAUACCUACAGCAGGUCAAUCCAGCACAGGUCAGCUGCAGUUUGCUGGAAGCUUCCAGUGUGGCCUACAAGGUGACCCGACCUUUUGCCAGCGCCAACAGUUGUGUUGACCCCAUUCUGUAUUUUUUGGGUGGGCAGGACAUCCGGUGUAAUCUCACCAAGAAGAACAAGACACUAUCGUCAAAACCACAAAAGAUGACGAAAGAUUUGACGACAAAACUAUGAUUCCAUACCUGAAACUGUCUGUAACAUUAGAAAUUGACCAUUUGAAGAAGCAAGCAGUUAUACAGUCGUCCUCAAAAUUAUUCAUACCCCUGCCAUUUUUUUGUAACUUUUUGUUUUUGUGAUGAAAUGAAUGAGUUUUGUCAAGUUUGUUUGUGACUUAUAUGUGAUACA